CUGAACGUAGCAGGGACUGUUUUUAUAGACUGCAUCAUUUUCAAAAAGUCUUUUUAGAUUUAAAAAACACCUUCAUUUCAUGUGUGAAUGUUGGUACAACUUCACACAGUAGGCGUAAGUGUGUGUGAGUGUAAUGUCAAAGUAGGUUGUCACCAAAUUUCGACAUCCGAUGGAAUGACUGAAAACGUGGAUUGAAGACAACAUUUUAUUCAUCUCGAGAGAGGUGAACUUGCCAGUCGUCCAUCUUCUUAUUCGUUUCAAGUUUUUGGCAAGAAAUGGAGGAUAUCUUUCACUGGUGCCGUGAAGGCAAUGCUAUGCAAGUCCGAGUUUGGUUAGACGACACUGAACAUGAUAUGAAUCAAGGAGAUGAUCAUGGGUUCAGUCCACUUCACUGGGCAGCAAAAGAGGGGCACUAUAAAAUAGCUGAGCUUCUCAUCCAGCGUGGCGCUCGUAUAAAUGCAACAAAUCGUGGCGAUGACACGCCAUUGCAUCUUGCUGCAGCGCAUGGACACAGAGAAAUUGUUCAUAUGCUGUUGCGAAAUAAGGCUGACAUCAAUUUCACAAAUGAACAUGGAAAUUCUCCUCUCCAUUACGCUUGCUUCUGGGGUUAUCAGACUUUGGCAGAGGAACUUGUUGCUCAAGGGGCACUCAUAGCUCUUGCAAAUAAAGAUGGGGACACUCCUCUUGACAAGUCUAGAGGAUCCCUUGCUAAGAGAUUACAUGAAAUGGCUGUUGAAAUGGGACAAGAUUUGAAGAAAAUUACUUUCAAGGAUCAAAGUUGGCUUGGCUUAAAAACUCGCAGCCGCGAUGCCACACUAUCCCGCCACAAAGGCAUAAAUAUUAAGGACCUCCACCUUCAGAUUCAGAUUGCAACAACCCCAUCAGGAGUUACAUGGAGAGGCCGUUGGCAAAAAAAUGAUAUUGUUGCCAAGAUUCUAUCUGUGCGUGAUUGCAAUGCUCGAGUUUCUAGAGAUUUUAAUGAAGAAUUUCCGAAACUCCGAAUUUUCUCCCAUCCGAAUGUUAUGCCUGUAAUUGGAUGUUGCAACUCUCCACCCAACCUGGUUGUCAUUAAUCAGCACAUGCCUUGGGGAUCAUUGUACACCCUCCUACAUGAAGGCACUGGUGUUGUCGUGGACACUGCUGCUGCUCUCCGCUUAGCAGUUGAUGUUGCACGUGGCAUGGCAUUCUUGCACAGUUUAGAACGCAUCAUACCUCAAUACCAUUUGAACAGCAGGCACGUUAUGAUUGAUGAAGACCUCACAGCAAGAAUAAAUAUGGCAGAUGCUAAGUUUUCAUUCCAAGAAAAAGGACGCAUUUAUCAACCAGCUUGGAUGUCACCAGAAGCUCUCCAGAAAAAGCCCAAGGAACGAAAUUGGGAGGCUUGUGACAUGUGGAGCUUUGCUGUUCUUCUAUGGGAACUUGCUACUCGUGAGGUGCCAUUUGCUGAUCUAUCACCCAUGGAAACUGGCAUGAAGAUUGCUUUGGAAGGACUGCGCAUCAGCAUCCCACCCGGAAUUUCACAGCAUAUGGCCAAAAUGAUCCGCAUCUGUAUGAAUGAAGACCCUGGUAAACGGCCCACAUUUGAUAUGGUUCUCCCUAUUCUGGAGAAAAUGAAACGAUGAAAACGUUUAUGUUUGUUUUGUCAUUUUCUAUUCAAUUUUCUUGCCAUAAUUUGUUGUAAAAUCGCUCAUUUUUCACCACUUCAUGAAUGGUGAGGGUACUGCAAGUUUCUUCACCUUUCUCUUGAUGUACAGUAAUAUUAUUUCUUUUCUGUAAUGUUAAUUUGAAUGACACUGCAGAAUCAACAUAAAAGUUGAUUCAAAACUUUGUUUUGUUAAUGUAUGCAUUUGACUAAAGAAAUAUUUACAAUUCAUAGAGUGUCACUCAGCUUGGCAUGAAUGUAUUGAAUAACUGUUGGUGUGUGCGUGUGUGUGUGUGAGUGCUGUGUGUUUCUGUCAGUCUGUCUGUACGUGAAUACAUCUUCAUUUAGAUUCAAUAACUGUUUGGUUUUCGUUCACUGGCAGCUGGAUCAAUUAUCCUUACUGGUUUUCUAUCUUUGGUUAUUGUUUUAACCACUUUUUUAACAUCUUAUUGAACAAUGUCUAUCCAGUUCAUUCCUUUUAACUGAGUUCCUUUUAUAAAAAUUUUGCAUCUGGUUUGUGGCUUGAACUUAUACAUGAACAUCCUCAUGCAUUAUUAAAUACUGUAACUAUUGUUGUUGUUUGAUCUAAUAUUUUAUUUUGUUUAUAGUAUCUAUUUUUAAAGAAAACUGUCAAAUUGAUAACAAUUUGUUAACUAUUGUAACUAACAAUGUGUUUACUUAACAAUUUUGUUGCAUAGAUGGUAUAACUAUUUUCAGUGUCAAUUUAUGUUUGUCUAUUUCUUUUCCUAUAGCAAUUGUGGAUGAGUUAAUAGUCAUUUUUGUUAUUUGGAUGUGUGCGGUUUGACGUCCUUCUGCACCAACCAAUUUAAGCUUGACUGAUAAUGGAUCAUUGGCUUCUUAAGAUUUUUGUUUUAGAGAUUGAACAAUCCUCUGCAAGGUAGUGCAGUACUUCGUUUGUUUGUUUUUUUCUCUUUGCAUCCUUGCUUGAACAUAAUUGUGAUUAACUAAACUUCAUAAAAGACUUGUAAAAAACUGUGACCCUAAUAACCAUGUAUUUUUGAUAAUAUUCUGCCCAAUUACUGCAUCAGCUCCAUAAGCAGCUUUGUGUUCUUUCAAUUUUGUACACCACUUGUACUUGUCCCCAAUCUUGACCUUCAAUUGACCUUUUGUGUCAAGUUGACGUUAUUUUGACACAAAAAUGACUGUCCUUCCACCCCAAUGAGUAGGUGUCACUAUGGGGCCAGUUUGAAUUUGGAACAGUCACUCCUCAUUAUGGAGUCUUUUCCUUGACGUUGCAACUCAGGCCAAGGUCACUCAUUCAUUUAGAGUUUCCAUGUAUUAGCUCUAAAUGUGGAACUGCUUCAAUAAUUAUGUGUGACUGCUUUUGUACUUAUGAUUUGUAUAUAGUUGUAAGCUUGACUGCUGUGAAUUGGUGCUUGUUUGUUAAUAUUUUAAAGGAGAUAAUUAUGUAUUUUGAUAGAUCUGAUGUAUUCCCUUUUGAAUACUAUUUUGUACAAACAGUUUAAGCCGUAGCUCUUAAGCUGUUUUGUACUAUUGUACAUGUACUUAGUUUGAAAUAACCAUGUCAUAGUGAUUCGUAUCACUGUAUUAUACAGAAGUACAACAUGCUUUAGUGGACCAAAGGAAGUGUAAUAUUUGUCCAUGGAUGUUAACUUUCUGACUUCAGCACAAUUGCUUUUACUUGUAAAUUCUUUUAAUAAUUUAAACUUGUUUAAUGAACUGAGGAAUAAUCAUAAAUGAAUUGCUUGCUGGGCACAAAAAGUGUACUGCUGAGUCACUCUUAAUAACUGUUGUAAGCAAAAUUUAAGGAUCAGUUUUUAUACCUGUUUUUUGAUACAUGUAUUGCUGUUGGUGGCAGAUCCAGAAAUGGCCUGAGAAGUAGGGGGAAUAAAAGGGAGCUGUCUGCCUUCCCUCUUGGCAGCUCAUUCAUUUGAGGCGCCGGCUCCUCUGGCUUGUCGCCCCACCCUUGCCUGUGGAUUGGCGACUGAUUGGUAUUAGUGUCUCUUUUAAAAAACAAUUUGUGCCUUUCAUCGUAUUUUCAUAGACAGACAUAGUAAUUGUGGAUGUAGUGUGAGUCUGAGCUGAACUCUUUAAAUAUUUUUACCAAAAGUCAAGUGGUCAGUUUGCUUCCAUACCUAGAGACUGUUAGAAACUUGCCUAGAUUGAGGCUUCUUUAGUGCUCUCUUAUCUUUCAAUAUUCAGUGCUCUACAAGUGCCCACUCCCUUACCAACUUUGAUUUCAGUACCAAGUUUGUUUGAUUUUGAUCAUUUUAAUCAUUGUCCAGUAUUACCACUAGGCAUGAAAAACUACAUUGCGGUAAUAUAAGCUUCCUAUUGCUUUCAUAGGUCCAAACUCAUAGAUUUACAUCAGGAUGCUUCAUAGAUUAUGUGAUGGUAAAGUUUUUGCUUUGCAAUAUUGUUAUCUGUGUUGUGUUGCAACCAACUAUGUUUAUGACUGUACUUAGUAGUGAGAUAUUAGGAGUAUCAAAUACUCUUAACCAGUAUUGCUAACAUGUUAAUUACUACUUGUGUCACUACUUUGAUGUUAUGUGUGCCUGAAUCUACUAAGUUCAUUCUAUUACUUCAGUACUAUUGUAUCUUAUCUACAUUUCACCUCAAAGGUUUUGUGUUCUAAGUGCCUCAAUUAUCGGGAUAUGAGCCAGUGGCCCAUUAUAAAAGAGGUACUAUUUGCUUGUGUAUAAUUGUGGUACUUAGGACAUAAACUGACAUGAUUACUGGAACAGCUUACCCCUUGGUGGCAAGCCAACAAAUUAAUGGUGCUCAGAAACAUAAUUAUUAAAAAUUAAUAAUUGUUUGCAAUUGUGUAUGGUUUCAACAUUACAUUCAACUAAAAAAAAACUUCUUAAGAGUAACUUUUUGACCAAUGGUUUGUAGCCUACAAGUUUUGAGGUAACAAUGUAUUAUUGUAUGUGAUUUUUAACUGCCAUUCGUAUAUGUUAACAUUUACUAGUUGUUCUAUUCAGGAACUAAAGAAGUAAUUCAUUAA